GACCGGAGCAGGGACAGGGACCGGAGCAGGGACAGGGACCGGAGCAGGGACUGGGACUGGAGCAGGGACUGGGACUGGAGCAGGGACUGGGACUGGAGCAGGGACAGGGACCGGAGCAGGGACAGGGACCGGAGCAGGGACAGGGACCGGAGCAGGGACAGGGACUGGAGCAGGGACUGGGACUGGAGCAGGGACAGGGACUGGAGCUGGGACUGGGACUGGGGAACAAGGAGCAGGAACAAGGAGCAGGGACGAGCAGGGACAAGGAGCAGGAGCAGGAACAAGGAGCAGGGACAAGGAGCAGGAACAAGGAGCAGGGACAAGGAGCAGGAGCAGGAACAAGGAGCUGGGACAAGGAGCUGA